AUGUGUCCAUUGCUGAACAGGACGUGGCGCCGUCAGGUGGUAUGCACGGACAGAGCUCCGCGAGCUCUCUAUUCUAUUCCAUUCAAUUGCCCGCGGCAAGUCCCGCCACCGUGCCAGGACAGCACAUUGGGUGGCGACGGUUCGAAUGGUGAUUUGGUGGUGGUGGUGAUGAUGGUAUAUGUUCACCAACAUCUAAUGUGUGUGUUCGUGUGCAUAUGUGGUUUUCCUUUUGAAGAGCGUACGCCUGCCCUCCCUGGCCGCACGUGCCCCGCCCGCUGGCGUUGCAGCACGUGCAUCUUGUUGUUUGUCUUCGGCAUGCUGUUGACCGAGGGCCCCUUCGGCAGGCGCGGGGAGUGCCAGCGCUGCCGGAGAACUCCCGCGACCUGGCCCCGACGCGUGAUCUUUUCGGGCGCAUGA